GUAACUUACGUACGUUCAUUUUGCUCGGUUCGAUAUAUAGUUAAAUUCUUACCAAACGGUUCAUUGGCUCCGAGAUUAAAUAUUGAUAGUAAUGUAUUAUUAAGUAAAAUCUCAGAAUAUGAUGAUUGUGAUUGUUCGGCAUCAGAUUCCAAUGUGUUAUAUAUUUCAAGUUAUACAGAUCCUAUCAACAGUAAUGAUGAUGAUUGUGAAAUAAAAUCUAUAAAAAACAAUACUGGUGAUAAUGAUAAUCACAAAUUAAUUAUGAAAUCAAAGAAAACACAGUACAGUAAUUAUAGGUAUGGUGGAAAAAAUAAAAGAGGAAAGCGCCUUAAAGAGUCUACUAAGAAUAAUGGCAAAUUGUAUCAUAAUAAUAAUACAUCAGAUACUACAGACAGCUCUGAUGAACAUUUUCAUUCAUCAUCUAGAUCAAAUCGUAUUUCACAAUUUUAA